AUGUCUUUGAGGUGUAACAAUCCUGGCUGUUUUAAAACCUAUGAAAAUGAGACCAACACUGAAAAUUCCUGCCAAUAUCACAGUGGAGAGCCAUUAAUAAGAGAUUCCUUAAAACAGUGGUCAUGUUGUGGUAAAAAGUCUUUAGAUUUUUUAAAGGGCUGCGUCUAUGGGCAGCACUCUUCUGUUAAACCCAAUAUAACUCCCAAAACUGACUCUUCCUUUAUUCCUGAGGAGUCUGUUAAAACAGCUCCUAAGGAGGUCAGGAAAGAACAAAUUUCUCGUCCCUCGAAGAAUCAGAAAAUGGUCCCUUUGGAAAUUAAAGUAGAGGAUUCAUUAAGAGAUGCUCUUAAAGAUUAUGAGAAUGUAACACAAAAUGUUACUGAGCUAAAAUGUCUCAACUACGGCUGUUCUGCUGUAAUUGAAUGCCGAUAUCAUUCGAUGCCGCCGUCAUUUCACGAUAGGACUCAAUUAUGGCCUUGCUGUAAUAAACAAUCCGCAGAGAUUGAAUAUUUUUUAAAAAUUGGAGGCUGUGUUAUUGGAGAUCAUCGUUGGCCAAAAAAUCCUGGUCAGACUAGCUGUAAAGUAGAUUUUAUGGAUUCUGCUGAUACUGUUACGGUUGUUGUGUAUGCUCGAGCUACUGAUCCUCAAAAAUGUCAAAUCUCAUCAAAUGGAUGUAGAUUGGUAGUAGAAGCUACUUUUUCUGGGAAUAAGUAUUUCGAGACAGAUAUUGAAUUGUUUGGGGUUUGUAAGGUCGACUAUGGACUUGAAUUAAUUUUUCUUAUAUCAACUAGAUAUGACACUGUAUAUAUCUAA